CUCGCUCUCUCUCUCUCUCUCUCUCUCUCUCUCUUUCUACAGCUGCUGUGAAACGCACACAGCAACACACACAACACGCGUUAUCUGAGGGUUCGGUUGAUUUUGAGCUUGUUCUGAGCACAGAAGUGAGUGAAGAUGAUCAAGCUUUUCUCGCUGAAGCAACAGAAGAAGGACGAGGAGUCUGCCGGGGGAACGCGAGAGGGAGUCGGCGGAAAGAAAGCGAGCGCGGCCCAGCUGCGGAUACAGAAGGACAUCAAUGAGCUUAAUCUUCCAAAGACAUGUGAGAUUGUUUUCCCGGACCAGGACGACCUGCUCAACUUUAAACUCAUCAUCUCUCCAGAUGAGGGAUUCUACAAAGGAGGAAAGUUUGUCUUCAGUUUUAAGGUAGGACAGGGAUACCCUCACGACCCUCCAAAAGUCAAAUGUGAAACAAUGGUUUAUCACCCCAACAUUGACCUUGAAGGAAAUGUCUGUCUAAAUAUUUUAAGAGAAGACUGGAAGCCAGUGUUGACGGUUAACUCCAUCAUAUAUGGACUACAGUAUCUGUUCCUCGAACCCAAUCCUGAAGAUCCAUUGAACAAAGAGGCAGCAGAGGUCCUACAGACGAACCGGAGGCUUUUCGAGCAGAACGUUCAGAGAUCUCUGAGAGGAGGCUACGUGGGUGCCACCUACUUUGAGCGCUGUCUGAAAUAGUCUCGAGUCCACUGGCCCUUACAUCCCAGAAUGCAUUUAUCGUUUACAUGCGCUGAGAAAUACUGACUGACACACUGACGGAGGAGAAGCGGGGGGAGGGGGGUCAGGGGUUUCUCACGGGACAGGCUCAGCGCGGGUGGGUUCUAAAGGAAUGGGCUUUGAAAGGCUGGUCAGUGAUUGUUGCUCAGAGAAAUCAGUCGUAUUUGCCACUAUGCUGGUACCCACUUUUUUUUUUUCUUUUUUUUUUUGGCCGAGCUUCAUACGCUAACUUACCCCAACCCACCCACUCACUGACGUGAGAGAGACAUGUUGAAAUCAUUUACACUUCUCUUGUAUUCCAUUAUGAAGGCAUGAGGACUGAUGUUGUUUGGGCUACAGUGACGGGGGAACCCGCCUUGCAUCGCACAUAUUCAGCUGCGUUAAAUAGUCACUCGUUUAGGUUUUUGCAAAACAACAAGAAGUCGUGUAGAGUAUCACAUUUGACCAAUGGAGAAAACGCUGACCGAUUGAAGGCCUGACAAACUUACGGACUGCACUCGGUUACCAUCGAUGGGAUUCGUAUGCAAACGGGCUGUUGUGGGAUUGGGAGAGAGUUAUAUGUUUUAUUGGAGUUUUCGUGGUUGGGAAGGGGCGGGAGUGGAUUUUCAUGAAGAGGGAGGGGGCGCAGGGUCAGAAUGGAAUGGUUGCGUAAAUUGUUACAGUUCUGUUGUGUAUAUUAAAAUCCCGGCUGUUCACAAUGACUGCAAUAUGAAUUAUGUUAAAUAAAAUAUUGACUUGAAUGGCUGCAUUUUAAGAUUAGUGUAAACGACAACAGCGGAUUGUGUUUCAAAUCAAUAAAAUGUUUUAUCUGACUUAUACAA